AUGAAAGUUGUUUUAUUUGUUUUAAUGGCAAUCAUUGCCGUUUCAUUUGCUGCCACUAAUUUUGUUGAUCAUAGAAGUGGUCACAUUGUUAUCAAACCAACUGAAUCACAAAAUUCAAAAUUAUUCUUAAAAGGUUCAGCUUUUGAUAAAGUUUCACUUAAAAAUAUUAAUGAUGUUCAAGUUUCAAACAUCAUCACUCACGUUAUGGGUCUCUUACCAUUAAACAAUGAAGAAGUUUCAGGUCUCCCAGCUGCUUCAAUCUUUAACAAACCAAAAUUAAAUUUAUUCUUUUCAGUUGAAUCAGUUUCAAGUGAUGAUUUAGUAAACUCUAAAAUUUUCAAUUCAGAAUCAAUGAUUUCAAUUGAAAAAACUUUUACUCCACAAGAUUUAAUUUCUGAAUUAACCACUAUUGUUACUGGUGUUACACCAAAUGUUCAUGGUAUUGUUUCAUCCAAUUGGAUCAAUCCAACAACUGGUCAUAAGGUUCAUGCCUACGAAAAAUCAACUCAAUCAUCAGCUGCCAACAUUGCUUACUUAGCCAAUGCCAGUUUCAAUGGUAAAUCAAUGAUCAUUUCAUCAUCUGCCGAUAAGAAAUCAGCUUCAGCCACUGGUAUUCACACUGGUGUCUCAAGCCUCUACAAAGAUGCUGAUAUCUAUACCUACAGUGUUCGUCCAUCUGGUUCAGUUUUACCAAUUUUCGGUUCAAACGGUAACGAUAAAUUAUCAUUAACCAACAAUCAAGUUGAAACCAUCAUCUACAGCAAAGAAUUCCAACAAUUCAUUUUACCAGCUGGUUGGAAAGCUACCUUCUCUCGUGGUAUUUUCACCAUUGUCGAUGAAAAAGGUAAUGUUAACAAAAUCGAUUUCGAUCAACACGAAACUGGUUCAUUCCUCACUGAAUUAGUCUCUGUUUUCAAUAUUGUCAAAACCAUUAAAACCAAUGAACACUUCAAAGCCUUGGCUGCCGAUUCAAUCCCAGAUUUCAUUUCAUUCGAUUUUGCCUCCAUCUCAAGAGUUCGUGAAUCACAAGGUGCCAACUCUGAUGCCUUCAAAUUUGCUUUGGCUUUAGUUGAACAAACCAUUCAAUCAACCAUCACUCAAUUAUCAGGUGUCUAUGGUGACCGUGUUGCUUGUGAAAUCGUUGCUCUCGCUCCAAAACAUGCUUUCACUGAAGAACAAAUCGAAAAACUCGAAUCCAUCGUUGGUGAACAUACUCAUGAUAUCACUGAAACCCUCCCACACAUUUACGUUUUACCAGAAAGCAGUGAAAAAGUUGAUGACAUUUGCCAACAAAUUCAAUCAUCUAUCCCAUCUGAACUCUCUGCCCAAUGUUUCAUUCAUACUCUUCCAGUUUCAUUCCUUCAAGAUGCUUCAGGUUCAGCACCAGCUCCAACACAAACACCAGUCCCAUCAGACAGUGAUUCAUCUGCUUCAGGUGAAAAUCCAAUCAUUGCAACUCAAAAUACCAACAGAAUUGCUGCUUUCCAAAUUUUCCUCUUCUUCCCAAUCGUUUUUGCAUUAUUCAUUGGUGGUGGUAUUUUAUACAUUAUGAAAAUCAGUUUCACUGCUCAAUCUGAUACUUUAUUAUAUCGUUCAUCUCAACGUCAAUAUUAA